UAUCUCAGAAUAAUGGCAGGUUUCCGAAUUCGUAAUUUUGUGCUGCCACCAAAUUUACUUCGUCUCAUCGAAGUUCUUUUGAGUGUAGUAGCCGUGUGUUUGGUGACUGGAUGGCGGAGCGAGGGAUUCUCCUACAAUGAUCUCAACCGAAGUGACUUCAAUGUUCUCCACAACCUACAGUACUUUGUUGGCAUGUCAACACUGACAUUUCUCGCAGUUGCUGUCCUCUGCCUCAUCGUUCUCAUCAAACCAGUUUACUUGUCAUCCCUUGUUGAUAUGAUUCUGAAUGCUGUGCUGAGCGUCCUCCUCUUCAUCGCAGCAAUAGUCCUGUGUGUGUCCAUCACCCGAUUAGGGGAGUCAGCUGCUGUCAAGGAGGCUGACCUCACCUUCUCCAGCCUUGAGGGAGCUGUGGCUCUUGGCUUUAUUUGUGCGCUAGCUCUUGGUGGCAGUGGUUGGUUUGCACUCCAGACUCAUCGCAGACGGAGUGACCUCCCCUUGAACCAGUCCCACACCAAUGCAGAUUUACCUGGUGACAUUCCUACAUGAAAACAUGAAGUACCAAAUGGCGUGGUUGUGAAGAGAUUCUAUUUUGUUGACUUGUGUAAUUUAUACCAAUGGUCUGUGUGAUGGCAACUCCGUGUGACUGACAUUUUUUCUGUGAUUCUUGUUUUGGUUCCUCUGCCUUCUACACAGGGGAUGGACUUUGUCAUAUAAUCAUGCUGUCAUUUUCUGACUUACAAAGCCAAAGGAACAAAGUAAAUAUACUCUGUACGUACUUAGUUGUCAUGAGUGGAGACUUAUGACAAACUUUACUACCAAUAUCAAGGAUUUAUCUAAACCUGUUAAUGAGCUAAACAUCAGCCCUAGGUUUGCAACAAAUGUCAGUAAAAGAUUCCGAAAUUGGAUUGUUAAAGUUAGUGUUAUGGCUUUUUAGAGCUGACUUGUACUUCACAAUAAACAGGACCAGUAAAGAAGAGGCAUUAAUGCUUAAUUUGUGCUUAGAAAAUACAAAAUAAGGGUUGGAAUCCUAGAUAUAUCACUGAAUAUGUUUACUGAUAAUAUUGGUUGAUCUGAUUGGGUAAACUGGAGGUAAUCUCUUUAUAAAAAUAUAUGUGUGCACUCUGUUUCCAUAAUCCAUGAAAUUUGGGCUUCAUUCUUCAUCUAGUUUAACAGGGAAUGAUGGUGGUGUGCUUAUGUGGCCAAUUAUGGGAUGUGCUAUUUGCAUUUUUCAGUCAUUCCAAACCAGAACAGAAGUAUUACUCUGUUAUCCUCCAUACACUGGUGGACUUAGGGACCAAGCAUGAGAUAUUCAUGGGGGGGGGGGGGUCUUUUUCUUCUUCUUUUUUCAUGGACAGUGGGGGUGCUGAAUACAGUAAUUAUGGUAUUAUGAAAUUAGUUUAUGGCAUUUGACAAGAUAUGGAUCAUGUUCUAGUCUGGAAUACUGGAUGUCCUGAAAUUGUUUUUGUGUUAUCAUCAUUCACCAUGAUUUGUGUUAGGCCUAUAAAAAGAUGUUGUGGUUCCCAUUACCCGACCGACCCUUGAAUUCUGGUGCCAACCCUAUUUUAUAUAAGCAAUAUGAAUAAAGUAAGGGUUCAGAUACCAUUGUCUUUUCCCGUCACCGGCAGACAUCUAUCAUUCUGAUAGAGAAAAUCGACAUUAUGGCCAAAAGCUUGAUUGAAAAAACAAUUACACAUUGAUAAAUGUGUUAUUAGUUUGUACUCUGCUUCUAAAACAAAAUGUG